UACAUGACCGAUCAAAGGUCAUUGCUGCCUUGACAAUUUUGUUGGGACAAAUAAAUCAAAAUUGACACAAAUGUUGCAAUUUAUAACUGAUGAAUUUGGAUUCAUGUGUUCGUGUUCUUCUCCAUUCUUCUUAAAAAAAAAUUCUGCAUUUCCUUCAUGCGUGAUUUGAGUUUGAAUUGGCAAUAUGAGCAAGUCCUGUUUUAUCAUCAUGAUUUAUGCUAAUAGGGAGAAGGCAUAUUCCUACCAGCUUCCCGGGCUUGCAAAUCAGGUAUUUUUGGAUUUCCCUUUAGUGUUGCAUCCUUAUUAUGUCUCUGUUUCUGUUGUUUUAGAAUUUUGCAGUAAAUAAAAAAGCUCAGCUGGCUUUGUGCCUGUGACCGCGGGAACGAUUGCACUUGAAUAGAAACUCUGGAAGAAUUGCUCUCAUAUUUUGCUUCAUUGCUGUUGUGAAGUGAAACUUGAGGGGGAUCAGAAGGAGAGACCACGCAAUCCUCUUAGACCAAUAAGCAGCAGAGCGCGGCAUGGUUGUCACCAUAGUCACCACUCCACUAAAUGCAGCUUGUUUUGCGUCUGUUCUUGCUUGUGCCAGAGAAUCAGGGCUCCAGAUCAGGGUAAAAGCAACUUUCCCUAUGGAGAAGCAGGACUACCACAAGGUUUUUGAGAAUUUAGAUAUGGUGUUUUCGGCUGACGAUGCUUUUAAGUUCUUCAAGGCAGUUUCCAUGCUGCAACAGUCUGCGGAGAAAUUGUUUGAAGAGCUAACACCCCGGCCAAGCUACAUUAUUUCUGAUUUUUACAUGCACUCUCUCGCGGCGAAGUUCCAUGUACCAAGAAUUUCUUUCAAUGGGUUUUCUAACAUUUGUAACUUGUGCAUCCACAGCAUACAUAAUUCUAGGGUUCUUCAGAACGUAAGUUCAGAUUUUGAGUACUUUGCCGUUCCUGGCUUCCCCGAUCAUAUCAAAAUUACCAUAGCCCAGUUGCCACGGCUCCUAAAACCAACUGCAAGAGAGCAUCUUGACAGAAUGUUUGCUGCCGAGAGUCUUAGCCUUGGGAUGAUCGUUAACACAUUUGAAGAGCUGGAGUCUGAAUAUGUCAAAGAGUACAAAAAGGUGAAAGGAAAUAGGGUUUGGUGUAUUGGACCGGUUUCUUUAUCCAACACAAACACUUUGGAUAAGCUUGAGAGAGGUAACAAGACCUCAAUUGAUGAAAAUGAGUGCUUCAAUUGGUUAGACUCACAGCAGCCAAGGUCUGUAGUCUAUGCUUGUCUUGGAAGUGUUACCAAUCUAACACCUUCACAGUUGAAAGAACUUGGGUUAGGCCUGGACGCAUCAAGAAGACCAUUCAUUUGGGUUUUAAGGGAAGGAAAUAAAUCAAAGGAUAUGGAGAAGUGGAUUUCAGAAGACGGAAUUGAAGAAAGAAUCAAAGGGAGAGGCCUUAUUAUCCGGGGUUGGGCUCCUCAUUAGUGAUAUUUGCACACAAAUUUGAACUCAAUACACAC